AUGGAAAACCAAGGAUAUAAAAAACUCUCUACCCAUGAAGUUGAGGAAUCCAGAGAGUCCUUUUUGUCUCUUCUCUUCUUCCAUCAGAUGAGUGAUGUUUUCAAGACGGGCAAUAAGCGAAAUUUAGACGAGAAGGACUUUCUACCUCUUUUAGAGGAACACACUUCAUUAUCAACCACUAAAAAGCUUCAAAAGGAAUGGAACAGUGAAAUUACAAAGAGCCAAGAAAGUGGUAGAAGACCGAAACUUUGGAGAAGCAUUAUAAAAACUAUCACUGUUCGGGAAGUGGCUAUUAUUAUUUUUGCAGAAGCUUUAAAUUUUAUAAACCGUAUGAUUCAACCUCUGCUUCUUGCAUAUCUAAUCUCAGCACUGACCUCAGAUGAUCACCAUUACACUCUUAUGACCUACGGAGUUGCCAUAGCAAUGGGCAUUAGUCCUCUGAUAGGUUCCUUUGGACUCCAUCAUCGGGCAUAUUGCAGCGAACUGUUUGGAAUAAAAGUCAGCAGCGCCCUUAAAGGUCUCGUUUACAUCAAGGUAAGCACCUGAGAGGAGUUAUUUUGUCUUCCUCUGUACAGUGAGUUUGUUUGAGUGAUCAAAAGUAACAGGAAUGUAAAAGAACCAGGGGUGGAAAUCUGUAUACCCACCGAAUCAUGCACGUACUUCUAGGGUAUGUAAUAGAACAGGCAACAACUGUACGAGACACGUAGAUAAGACAGGAAAGCUGCGACAAGUAAGUGUUUAGCUAAGAAGAAUUACAACCCUCUUACUCUGGAAAAUCCAAGAUGAGGACCAUUCCUCGCAACUUUAACUACCAGAGAGUUUUCUACUUCUUCAUAAUCUGAGAUUGUCAUAUAAUUGCUUGCUCAUAAUUUCUUUAAUUUCAGACUCUCCUUCUCAGCAAGGAUACCUUGGUGAACGUUUCAACUGGUCGGGUGAUUGACCUUAUAUCAAACGAUGUUCAGAGGAUGGUAGAAGCGCCCUUUUGGUUUUUCCCCUUAGCUUAUGUAUGGCUGGACAUUUUCUUGGCUUCGUUUAUCCUUGCCUUCUUUAUUGGCUGGCAGGCCGUCUUGGGAGUGAUUUUCUUAUGUGUUCUUGUGCCAUAUUACGCCGAGCUUUCCAGUAUGAACGCCCUAAUGCGCCAGCGAACCGCAGCGGAGACUGAUCAGCGACUUUCCCUGAUAACUGAAGUGGUUUCCGGGAUCCGCACGAUAAAAGCAUUUGCGAAUGAGAAUGGUUACCGCGAGAAAAUACGGGGCAAAAGGAGGUAUUGGGAAUCAUUGUAAAAUCAUCGUUAAAACUGCUUCAAACUUUAUCUUUUCGUUCCAACGCAAUCUGAAUAUUGAUCUUAACUAAAAAGUUAAAAAAAAUUGUGAUUUGUGAUUUUUGGAAAAUUUUCUCGUUUCGAAAUAGAAUACAGCACAUGUUUUACCUGCAAUGGGAACAGAACAGAUAUCACUAAGGGCUAGUUGUCAACACUGACCAACCCUCACUCGUAGAUGAAACACACUGAUAGAAACAUUACACCCUUCCUCGGUGGCUAACCAUCGAAUAUCCUCUUUUCGUAAUUUGUGCGGCCGAGACAUUCGAAAAUACUUAACACUAAAUUAGGCAGGGUUUCUUUGACUCAACCGUUGAGUGUUUUUUUGUUACCGAUAGACAUCUUCUGCAAUGCUCCUCUGUCAGCUCGUUUCUAUCUAAUACCGCUUUCCAAUCAAAAGUUCGCGCUUUAGGCCCGGUUUAUAUCCUUUUUCCCUAGCAAACGUAAAUCAUUUCUAUUAACAAGGAGCAUCUUUACACUUUACUUACAGACAAGAGAUUGGUAUCAUACGCAAGAACACUACAGUGCUGUCUUGCAUUGCUACUCUGGAGUACACUGCUGCCCCAAUAGCGACCCUGCUGUCUGUCAUCUCUCUCAUGUUAACCGGCCAGCCUCUCACGCCCAGUGUGGUCUUCCUGAUCCUUUCUUACAUUAACGUCCUCAAGCGAAGUGUCUGUAUUGAAUUAGCCCAAGGUUUCUUGAAAACUUAUGAAGUUUACGUCUCCCUCAGUAGGAUAGAAGACUACCUUCUUCUUGAAAACCUGCCUCCGAUUUCUUCUAACAGGUUCUCUAAGAAGAAAGGGUAUGUAGAAAAAAGCCCAGUCAUUAUGGGGAACCCGCAGAAUAGUUUAGUGGAUUUCACAGAAGCCAUAUAUGAUAAAAAAAGUGAUAGCCAAAAUGACCGUGGAACACAGGAAAAUUUGCGUGUUUCGAGUUUAACGCACAAACAAACGAAAAGGAAGGAUACAUUCAUAUUACAAGAUGUGGAGUUCGACACCACGCUAAAGAGUUUCACAGCGGUCACUGGAGCAGUUGGCAGCGGAAAAUCUAGUCUACUCUCGGCAAUCGCUGGCGAGUUGUCAAACGUGAGUGGAACAAUUUCUUUUGGUGGAACGUUCGUCUAUGUACCCCAGAAAGCUUGGGUCUUCUCUGGAACUAUCAGAGAAAACAUUUUAUUCGGUCAGCCUUACGAUGAGAUCAGGUAUGCUAGGACAACUGAGGUUUGCGCCCUUGUAGAAGACAUUCGGAAGUUUCCUAAAGGUGACCAAACAUUUGUUGGUGAGCGAGGUGCCACUCUAAGUGGAGGUCAGCGUGCAAGAAUUAGUUUGGCACGGGCGAUAUACUUAGAUGUAGAUUUGUACUUGUUAGAUGAUCCGCUAAGUGCAGUGGAUUUGAGAGUUGGCCAACACAUCAUGAAAAAUUGCAUCAAGGGGCUGUUAGGCAACAAAACACGAUUGAUAGCUGCUCACCAAGAGGAACACUUAAAAGAAGCCGACCAAGUGAUUGUGCUGUACCGAGGUAAAUUACUUGGAAAGGGUAAAUUUUCGGAGCUUCAAGAAAGAUGUAUUCUAAAUGAAAGCACUGGUACACAGUUGAACAAUGAUCCGAAAGAACUAAAGUCCGACAGCGGUAAUAUAGAAAAGAGCAAAAAGGGAGAGGAAGGAAUGGUGCAACUAGCCAGUAGAGGAAAGGAGAUGGAGAUUUCUGAGGAAGAUCGCUUUAGUGGAAAUGUGUCAUCCAAGCUGUACUGGAGCUACUUUAGAAGCGGAAUUAGUAACUUAUCAAUCAUUGCAACUAUUUUUUUGUUUCUUGUUGCCCAAGGUAAGCCAGUUCAGCCAGUUUUGUCUUUCGAAAAAGCAAGCUUAGCGUAUGUUUAUUGAAGAGUGCAGCCUUGUACCUAUCCUUCUUAGGGGUCAAAAAAUGUAUUGUGAUUAAGUAAAUAUUAAAACUUAAUUCUUAAAGAGCCAUUUUGAUCCCAAUCGAGAAUGUAUUACAUCAAAGCUACUCGAUCUGGCUUCAAACUAUUCUUCCAUUUUAAACAUUAUGAAGUAUAUAAUUACCUAUUAGGUAAUCAACUGAAAUUUCGUAAGAUAAUAGUCUCACUAUUUCUUUCCCAGGAAUUCUUGUGGCUCCUAAUGUCUGGCUCGCGUUUUUGGUGAAGAGACCACCAGGAGAGCAGCGAUACAAGAGCACACUUAUCAUUUAUGGUUGUUUAGUUUUUGCGUCUGUCAUUUUUAUCCACGUAAGAGCAGUUGUGUUCUUGUUAGUGAGCUUGAAAUGUACUGAAAGACUUCAUGACAAUAUGGUGAUAGCUGUCCUGCGAGCGCCAGUUCUUUUCUUUGAUUCUAAUCCAUUGGGUAGAAUUCUCAACAGAUUCUCCGAGGACAUUGGAUGCAUGGAUGAAAUACUUCCCCAAAGGUUUCUACUCUCGAUACAGCUGUCGCUGCUACUUUUGACCACAUUUACUCUACCAAUCGUCGCAAAUCCCUGGCUUCUGAUCGUCUUUUUACCGGUUGCUGUCCUGGUCGGUUUUAUCACGAGAUAUUACCUAAAGACAUCUAGAGACCUGAAAAGAUUAGAGGUAGCAUCUCGUAGUCCGGUCUUGUCUCAUUUAGCGGAAACUAUGAAUGGUGUGGAUACUAUUCGAACAAGAAGCAGGCAGAGAGCUUUCGAGGAUAAGUUUCACAGGUACAUGUUUAAUAUGUUUUGGUACAUGUUGCAGAUACAUUUCAGAUAUUCAUGUCAGUCUUGUCGAGCAAUGGAACGGGGGAACGGUGUUCCUAAGUCUCAGGAUGGGUGCCGCCUGCAGCGAGGUUUUCUUUAAAAAAAAAGAGAAAUUGAUAAAAAUGAAAUAGAUAAUUUAAAAAAAUUUAUGGACUGAAAAGAAUGCAUAGGGUAGACUGAAAAAAACAUACCAUAAAAACAAAAAGGAUUAAAAACCCCGGCCGAUAAAUGACAUCCCGCGGGCGCAGAUAAGGAAAAUUCCCUCCAUGAAACAUUUCAAACUAUUAACAAAAUAAAUUGUACCUCCUUAAAGUUUGAUUUUUUUUUGUUUCUGAUUUUUUUUAGUUCGCUCCCAAUUUCAUGUAAUGUAUAUUUAACAUUGCCAAGCUAGAGGGUUAGACACGAAAAAGUCGAUUUGAACCAAACUUUGUAUGCACUUGGGAUAGGGAGAUAUUAUUGACAUUAUUAUUACUAUUAUCAUUAUCACUAACUUUUUUCCCCAAAGGCAUCAAGAUCUCCACAAUCAGGCAAGUGUUAUGUGGAAACAAGGAGCUAGAUGGCUUUGUGUUCGCCUGAGUCUUUUGUCGUGCCUAUUAGUGACCGUAGUGGCUCUCGCAUCGAUAUUGAUGUCACAGGAUGCCGGUGAGUAAAAAUGUAAUCUUUUGGACUCGCAGGAAACCAGGUGUCAAACUUGGUCCACGUUCCAUAAUUCUCUUGAAUUAUAAAAUUCCAUAUGCACAUUGUAUUACCAGCCUCCUUUGCAAAGAUUUUUUGAAGGAAAAAUUGAUGUUACAGAAGGCAUAAACUGAAGAACGAUAAGAAAACGACAAGCAGCAACAACAACAACAACAAUGGUAUCCAGAUUUGAUAUAGAGGUGCGCCAUAGCACCUCAGAAGCUAAUCUUGUGUCAUUACCCUAAGGACGCAGGCGGCUGACAUUCAUUGAGGACAUACAGUAUUAGUUAAACUAUGCCUAAAUUCGCACAUAAUUUUGAUUGCUAAAUGCAGUAUAUUCAAUUCAGAACAAAAUUGCAAGUAAUGGUAUGGAAAGAGAUCCACUACUGCAAUAAUGGUGUUUAGGUUAAGAGCCUCUAACAAGUACAGAGGCAGGUUUCCUUGAUCUUGACCACCCAAGCAAGGGUUAUUUGUUGUAUAAAUAAGAAAAAAAAAACCUUUCCUUGUUGGUGAGUCGACAGCCUUGGUCAGCUGUUAAGCAUUCUUCGUAAGAACAAUACCAUGUAACACCUGGUGGUUUUCUGAAUCAAUUAGUCAUCCUGAUAAUAUUCUGGGUUGUCAGCUAAUAUUGGCCCGAUUUUUCUUGCCAUUUUAGAGACGUUCUGUAAAAUAAGAUGCAGCUAUAAACCUUAAAGCAUUUAAUUUUUUUUACGCCAUUAUCCAUUGUAUAAAACCACAUACCAGAAGCAUCAAAAGACAAAAGCUAAUCUUUUAAUAGAGACGAAACUCAAAUAGAUCUAGAUUCAAAUCCAAAAUACAAUUAGAGCAUUUUUUUCUGAGGAGAUUAAUGUGUCGUUUCUUUUUGGCCUUUCAGCUUUUGCAGGACUAUCUCUUGCUUACAUCAUCCAGACUGUUGUCUUAACUGAACUUACUGUCAGAGAAUUAGCAAAUGUCGAGACUUAUAUGACGUCAGUCGAACAAGUGAUGGCAUACACCAAGAUUGAUCCUGAGCCCGGAUACAAACAGGAACGACUUCCACCGGCGCGAUGGCCAAGCGAAGGAAAUAUCACAUUCCAAGACUUUUCACUGACGUACUAUCCUGGCGGUCCGCAAGUGCUGAAGGGCAUCAAUCUGUCAAUUAAAGGAGGUGCAAAGAUCGGAGUGGCGGGACGUACAGGAGCCGGGAAAUCAUCAAUUGUUGCGGGUCUUAUGCGCAUGCCUGACCCAAACGGACAAGUAAUAGUUGACGGCAUUGGAUUGAAAGAUCUCAACAUACAGGCGGCUAGACGAUUCAUAUCCAUCCUUGGCCAAGACCCCGUCAUCUUUGGUGGUCCUUUGCGGAAAAAUCUUGAUUUCGAAGAGCGGUUCGAAGAUGCUGAUCUGUGGCGAGUGCUAGAGGAUGUGCAGCUAAGAGACUUUGUAGAAAGGCUCGAUGGACAGCUGAAUUAUGAGUUGUUAGAACAAGGGUCGAAUGUAAGUGUCGGAGAGCGGCAGCUGAUUUGUUUGGCCCGUGUGCUGCUGCAACGAAAUCAAAUCGUCAUCUUGGACGAGCCUACUGCGAACGUGGAUCCAGAUACAGAACAGACCAUUUGGAAGGUAGUACGCAAGAUGCUCAAAAACUCCACAGUCAUCAUUAUAGCACAUCGCCUGCACACUAUCCAGGACUGUGACAAGAUUCUUGUUUUCCAUAAUGGCGAGAUCUCCGAAUAUGACAGUUUGGACGAAGCUAGCAAGCACCUUACUUAG